AUGUUCGCCACGUUGCGAAAACGCCACGUGCGGCAGACUGGAUCAACCGGACCAGCCGGAAGUGCUUCAGGAUCUCAUGGAUCCCAUGGAGCUCCGCUCCCUGCUCUGAGCAUUUGUCGUUUGGAAGCGCCCGAAGAGUUGCUAAAGAAACUGCGGCGCCAUGCAGACGAUCCAGCACUGGCAGAAUUCACUUGUCCGAUUUGUUGGGAACCCUUCUGGCAACCUGUUCGCACGGUAUGUGGCCACGCCUUCUGCGAGGGCUGCUUGCUGAAAUCUGUUCUUGCACAACUUGGUCAUGACCAGCCAGAUGUGUCUUGCCCACUCUGUCGUCAUCCACUUCAUGUGGAUGAUGUCUCAGCAGACGAGGCGCUCCUAACUCGCAUCAGACUAGUGAUUGCCCAACAGAACCGUGAGAUCGAAACACCGGGAACUGCACGGGCUUGUUCUGGCCGCCUCUUUCGUGGAUCUACACGGUCACCCAAUCUGGAGACAGGGAUGCGAACCUUGCACUGCACAGGCCACCCGUGCACUCCAGCACCAGUUGAGUUGAUGAGGGCUCAAACAUCCGGAGCAACAAAGAGACCCAUUCUCGCAAGUUGGAUGCGAGUAGCCCCUGCAAAUGAGUUACGUCCAGCAACUUCAGGCUGCGGACGAUUUCAGGGAAUGAAUGAGUUGCCUGAACCAUCACUCUUUGUGCAGAGCUCCUUUGUAGCUCGUCCGUCCACCACAGGAGCAUGGACUCAGUCCAUGCACAGACGCGACGAUAGCAACAUUGGCACGCUUGGCAGCGUUGGCACCCAUAACGGGGAGAACGGGGAGAGCAGAGCUCUGGCUCCGGGCGCGCUGAGGCGCCCGAGCACAGACGAUAUCCCAGCGAAAAUCUCGAAGCAAGAAGCCCAGCCGCAGCCACUGCAGGCUCACAGGACACAGCCUGUCAGGCUUACAAGCAAGGAGAGCAAGGAGAGUAAGGAGAGCCGAGAGAGUCGAGAGAGCUCCAGGACUGCAGCUUGGGAUCCAGAGUGGGGUGAGGAGUUUGACUGGGAGGUUCAAGAGAUAGGCGGUGCAUCUGCACCAUCAUGUCCAGAUGCAUCCAGUCUGCCCACUCCAGCUGCAGUGAGCUCACAAGCUCAUAUGAAGCCAAGACUUGGAUACGGAGCUGUGAAGCACCAGAGAGCAGCGGAGAAGCAUCUGGGUACCUCCUUGCCACCUCCAAGACUUGCACGUUCGGAGAUGGGCAUGGAUGGCAUCGUUCCAACUCCAAGAACUGCCAGAAGGGAGCACAGAUGGCAGAAGCAAGACCUGAAGACGCCGCUUCCAAAGCGAAGCCUGGCUUCAUCCUGCUGUUCCAAAGGAACGGACGGCAUUUGCAAAUAUUUGCAAAAGAUGCGCGAGCUGCAGUCCAAAAAGGUCAUCGACUGCAGCACCAACGGGACCUUUCUGAAUGGCUUCAGAUUGCCGCCCAAGACAACAGGGAAGGUCCUCUUGUCGCAUGGCGAUGAGCUGCUGCUGCAAGAUCCAGCUAACGGAGACCAAGAGUCGAAGACUCGUACAGGGCUGUGGGAGGCUAUGCGGCCAGACUGCACCAUUUUUGCAUAUGGUCACCGUGUGGUCACCGUGUCGGAAUGUUUCCUGCCCUUUGCAAGGUCAAACUUGCUGGAUAUGGUGGAGCAUGGAGAGGUUGAGCUCUCAAAUGAGUCCAACGACGCAAGCUGUCCAGGUUUGGGAUCGUCAGCCUGCAGCGAUUCGCCCUCGCCAUGCAGCAGGGCAGAGCCCCAGCUCAUUUCAACAGCAUGGUGCUCUCUGAAGCGCAGCAUUCCGGCAACUGUCUGCCUGGUCAUGAUAGGCACUGCGAAGGUUGUUUGCGGCUUUGUUGGCAAGUGGUGCUUCCGGCUGUACCGACGGACUUUCCGAAGGCCGCAGACACCACAGCUGGUUUUACCAGCACAAGUUAAUGAUUUCCCAGGUCCAGCAGAAGAAGUACCGGUAGAAGUUAGUCAAGCGAACCCCCAGCUCGCGGUGCAAGAUUGUCCAAAGACGGACACUUGCCAGACGCCAGCCAUAUUUGGGGAACAAACUGGCACGAAAGUAGCUGGAUUCUAUUUGUAUGAUUGGCAGUUCCCACCAGGAUUGGGGGACAGAGAUUUGGAUGCCUUAGUGAGGGAGGUUCUGGAGGCGUGCUCCGCCAUUGGACCCAUCUCGCAGCAGCAAGCCUUGCGGUUAGUCCUUGGGAUGGGAUACAACAAAGAGUCGGCUGUUUCCAAGUGGCGGGAUGUGGUGGCAUGGCGACAGGCCGAGGAAAUGCAUGUGCUUCGUUCUCGCCUAGAUGAUUUGAUGUGUGGGGAGGCUUCCGUGACCUUUGCGAAUGAUAGUGAUGUGUAUAGCAAGCUGUUCCGUGGCUGUCCGUGUGCCCUCCUCACUAUGGACGAGCGCCCUGUGUCUGUGUGGAAUGCUGGGGCAACAAACGCUGACAAGGUCACAUCUUUGCCCACGGAAGAUCUUAAAGCUUGGAGCCGUGAAGUCUUUGAAUAUGCCGACCUCUGGGUAACGAAACAAACCGAGAGAACCCGGCGACUCACUGGCUACAUCCAAGUUUACAACAUGCAAGGCCUAAGCCUUCGACAUACCUCAAAAGAGGUCACAGAGAGGCUCAAGGCUGCUUUGUCAGCGGGGGGGUUCUAUGUCGAAGCAGUUGCGCACAUUUAUGUCAUCAAUGCAUCGCGCUUGUUCUCCAUGGCAUGGAAGCUGGUUCGAGGUUUCUUGUCGCCCUGGACAGCGUCCAAGAUCACGGUCUCAAGUGAAGUUCCCGACGAACUAAUAGCAGAGCUGGGUGGACCCAAUUCACCAUCUGCGUUGCAUUUGCACCGGCUUCUCUCGGCAGCUUCAGAUGCUUCUUCCCCGGCAACCUUGGCGCCAGUUCUUAGACCACGCAUGGUAUCACCACGACGGAGCUCGGAGGAGAGCGCCACCGGGUCCACAAAAUCAACAGCCACCGGUUCCACACGGUGCUCGUCAACCAGUCAGAGAGAGAGUCAACUCAGAACCUCGUGUGAACAGUGUGAACAUUCUUUUGAAGCUUCUGCUGAAGCAGUACUUCACCAAGGUCUGGAAACAUCUGAACCAGAGGGAUCUAUUUGGAUUGCUGGUUUUUUGUUGCGAGCUGACCAGCUACCACCUGGCGUGGAGGAUCGGGAUUUGGAUGCUUUGGUUGAGCAGGUGUACUCUGAAUGUUGUGCCAUAAGGCCCACCUCAAAACAGCAGGCGCUUAGAUUAAUCCUGGGAAUGGGGUACAGCGGGCCAGCAGCUGUGGCCAAAUGGCGAGAAAUUGUGGAGUGGCGAACUGCCUAUGGCGUUGACUCGAUCCGCCAAGAACAAGCAGAAGCCAUUGCUGCUGAUGGCCCUGUCAGCUUUCCCUAUCGGGAAGAGGUGCAUGAGAAGCUUAUUUGCACAAGUCCUUGUGCCUUUCUAUCCACCACUGGCUGUCCCAUAUCCAUUUGGCAUGCAGGCACUUUGAAUGUGGAGAACGUUUCCCUGUUGACAAAUGAGAAAGUGGCUCAAUGGAGCCGAGCAGUUUAUGAAUACAAAGAUCUUUGGAUCACCGAGCAGAGUGAAAAGAGCAAAAGGCUGGUGGGCUACAUCCAGGUCUAUGACAUGAGCGGCAUGAAUUGGCGACAGUACUCGUCACGGGAAAUUGCUGAGAAGCUGAAGGCAGCUCUGCAAACUGGUGGUUUCUACGUUGAAGCCGUGAGCCACAUGUUUGUGAUCAAUUCCUCUACACUUUUCGCUGCUGCAUGGAGAGUUGUUCGUAAUCUGAUCUCCCCGUGGACUGCCUCGAAGAUCUCUGUCUCACGUGGAAUCCCAGAUGAGCUCAUCCAACUGCUAGGUGGGCCGACCUCAGAGGCCGCGUUGAAAUUUCAGGACCUCCAAAGGAGGACUCCUCGAGGAGCAGCUGAGUGCACUUCGAUUCUUAGACCUGCAUGGCAGGUGGACCCAUCAGCAUCUCCGCGUGGCAUGUCCGUUCUCGCAGAGCUCUCUCGGGAGUCUGUGUCCAGCAGAGCCGACAGAGACGGUCCAGAACCUUCGGAGCCUUCGGCAGCCCGGAUCGGUCGGAUCCGUCGGAUUGCAGGGUUUCUGAUUGCAGAAGAUCAAGUGCCUCCUGAGAUCAGCUUCCACCAAGCCACUUUGGCCGUGGCUGAAGUGCAGGAGCGUUGUCCCAAAGAUUCAGCUCCAACGAAGCAGCAGGCAUUGAGACUCCUCAUUGGGAUGGGCUAUGAUCCCAAUGCGGCUGUGGCCAAGUGGAACGAGAUCACUGCAUGGAGAGCUACCAACAGAAUAGAUGAUGUCAGAAGAGAACAGGCUAGCCUGAUGGCAGGAACUAGCGACAUCCACUUCCCAAAUGAAUUGGAAGUGUACUCUAAGCUUAUCAAAGUUCGACCCUGUGUUCUUCGAGCAGCGGAUGGCUCCCCAGUUUCGAUCUGGCAUGCUGGCAGCCUGAACACAGGGAGCCUUUCGAGCCUUCCUUCAAAUGAUGUUUCAGCGUGGAGCCAUGCUGUGUUUGAGUAUAAAGACCUGUGGGUCUCACAGAAGAGUGAGGAACAGAAGAGAUUGAUGGGAUAUAUUCAGGUCUAUGACAUGCAAGGUGUGAGUUUUCGACACCUCUCCUCCAGAGAGCUUAUGGAUAAGAUGAAGUGUGCUUUAGAAGUUGGCAGUUAUUACAUGGAAGCAGUUGCCCACAUGUACGUCAUCAAUGCCUCUGUGCUUUUCUCAAUGGCUUGGAAGGCGGCCACAACUACAGACCUUGGUGGUCCGAAACUUGAUUCCUCCACGGACGGCUUCAAAGAUCACAGUUUCCAAGGACAUACCAGAGGAUUCUUGGCAGAUGCUGUGCAGGAAUUGGUGCAGGCUUUGGGCCCUCAAUCUGCAGCAUUGAAAUCUCUUAAAGAGAUGUGCAAAGAGAUGCUUGAGAAAAGUGGAGACGUCAGUCAACAUUCUGGGGAAGUCUUGCGUCCCUGA